AUGGUUUUCCAAUUUCUCUCUUCUCUCUUCAAAUCUGUGGAUUCACCUCCAGUUCUUCCAAUUGUUCCAAUUAAUAAAUGCCCUUCAGGAGUCAAAACCAAGUUUGACAAUGUUGAGAAAGGAUCACGUUUAUAUCUAGCCUCAAAUGAUGGGAUUGACUUGUUGAAAAAUAUCGAAAUAAGAUCAGGAAAGACGAGAAUAACAUUAGAUGAGAUUUGUGAUUUGAAUAAAGAUGGAACUCCGAAAUAUGUCACUCUUGAAGGGGAACUGACAAUCAAAACUAGCAAUAGUUCAUAUAAAACGAAAGAGUUGACUGGAUUUUUGUAUGUUACAACGAGGCAACAAGCAGAAGAUCCCACAUUCAUCGUUCAUAUCAUCAAAGACAAUGCAACCAUCAAAACCACCUCGUCAAAAACUACCGUAGUCAUUCUUAAUACUCAACUACUGAAUUCCAAUUCCAAAAAUGACAAAACCCCUUCAAAAUCCUCUUAUGUGACUGACAUUCAUCAAUCCUCCAAAGACAAUCUCCACUUCCACUGGGGUGUGCCUUCUGCCAGCUGGAUUGAUGACACUGGAAAUCAAUUCUUCAAAACUCGGAUGUCUCUGGAACGAUAUGAUCUUCAAGCUAAGCUGACGGGCAUGACGGAAGUACAUUUCGAACACAUCGAACCGCUUCAAAUUCCAUUGGAUUAUUGGUAUUUCAUAGCGGAAGGUCCUGUAGAGAUGACUAUUGAGAACAAAUAUGUCCCUGAUCAAAGCUAUACAACAACUUCUCCAAACACUACUGGACUUAUUGUGAAUGAUUCGAUAUUCAAGCAACUGGCUGUAAAUUUUGAACAUGACGAAAAUUCAACUGGAUUGUCCGGAUUUUAUACAUCCUCCAAAAUUGAGAAACCAAUCAACAUUUUGAUGGAGCACAAGUUUGGAAGAUUUUUUUCCAACGUUGACAAAUUAGUAUGCGACCAAAUUGUUGCAUGGUCCCCCACAAAAUCCAAGAAACUGAUAAUUACUUCGAGUAAUACCACUCCCGGAUCAUUCUAUUGUCAAUACUUCACACUAGAUGCUGAUCGAUUGGAAAGUGAGAAUUCAGAAGAUAUUUUCAAGCUGGAACCCAAUCAAAAGCCCUCUGUAUUCUCUACCUCUCCGAAGAUUAUUGCAGCUUUCUUUUUCACGGAUACGAGUGUGACUACAGUAAGAAGAGAUCCUAUUACUAAUCAAGUGACCACUGCUUCAGCAUCCAAUCCCACUAUAGACCCAACGGGUUGUAAGCUUGGUCAAGUUGUGUAG